AUGGAAGAUUGCAAGGAGAUAAGUACUCCUAUGAACCAAAAAGAGAACCUAACCAAGAAUAAUAGAGCAGAGAAAGGGGAGGAAACAUACUUCAGAGCUUUAGUCGGUUGUUCGAUGUAUCUCACACCUAUAAAACCUAAUAUUUUAUAUGCUGUAAGCAUUUUAUCGAGGUUUAUGCAUUGUGCUAGUGAGAUGCAUCUAAAAGCAACAAAAAGAGUAAUUAAAUACAUCAAAGGAACCAUUAAUUAUGGUGUCAAGUUUCAGAAAAAUCUAAAUCUAAAACUACUUGGGUAUUCUGAUAGUGAUUGGGCUGGAUCAAUAGAUGACAUGAAGAGCACAUCUGGAUAUUGCUUUAGUCUUGGCUCAGGAAUAUUUUUGUGGUACUCAAAGAAGCAGGAUAUUGUGGCUCAAUCCACUGCAGAGAAAGAAUUUGUGGCUGCAACAGCAAUAACAAAUCAAGCUCUGUGGUUGAGGAAAAUAUUUACUGAUCUGCAUAUGAAUCAAACAAAAGGAACUGAAGUAUUUAUGGACGACCAAUCUGCGAUAGCAAUUUCUCACAAUCCUGUAUUUCAUGCCAAAACAAAAUACUUUAAUAUCAACUUUUCUUCUUGA